AUGUUGUCCCGAGAACAACUGCAAGACCUAAAAGAGAACUUCCCGACGGUCUCCGAGAGCGGCAGUGGAUUUUUGCCGCGGAGCGACGUGCAGACGGCUCUGAAGAUACUCGGAAUCGAUGUGCCCGGCUAUAAGAUGCGCGAACUGAUGGACCAACACUUUGGAAACGAGGCACAAAUCGAUGUGGACAAGUUCGCGCGGCUGUUCGACACGCUGGACGCGCAGAGGAACGAAGAAGCCAAUCGAUGGAAGCAGCAGACAAAACAAGUCUCCGGCGCCUACCACACGCACUCGUCCAAACAGGAGAACGUGCAGCACACGAUUCGAGUGGAAGAAGAGGUGGCCUUCUCGAAUUGGAUCAAUUCCAACCUGUCGGACGAUUCUGACCUCAAACGUCUUUUGCCCGUCGGCUCUGGAGAGUUGUACACGAAGAUUCAGGAUGGGCUCGUCAUUUGCAAACUCAUCAAUUUGGCAGUGCCAGGCACAAUCGACGAGCGUGCGAUCAACAAGAGGAACCUGAACACGUACACAAAGCUGGAGAACCUGACGCUCGCCCUGAUGUCCUCUCAAGCGAUCGGCUGCAAUAUAAUCAAUAUCGACAAUAUCGAUUUGUCGAAAGGCACCGCCCAUCUGGUGCUCGGCCUCCUGUGGCAGAUCAUUCGCAUUGGACUCUUCAAUCAAAUCGAUUUGCAACACUGUCCCGGACUGUUCAGACUCCUGAGGGACGGUGAGACGCUGGACGACCUGAGGAGACUGUCUCCAGAAGAGAUUCUGAUCCGUUGGGUCAACUACCAUCUGGAGAGGGCCGGAACCUCCAGAAGACUGCACAAUUUCCAAUCGGACAUCGUCGACUCGGAGAUCUACACGUACCUGUUGAAUCAGAUAGCUCCGCAUGGCUCAGGGGUCACUCUGGCGCCCCUCAACGUUCAGGGAAACGUGCCGAGGGCCGGUGCGAUGCUGGAUGAGGCUGAAAAGCUGGAAUGUCGCGAGUUUGUGACGGCGAAUGAUGUGGCGGCGGGCAACUAUAAGCUGAACUUGGCUUUCGUCGCCAAUUUGUUCAAUAAGCACCCCAUGUUGCCGGAUCCAGGGGCGGAUGAAGUUGUGGAAGACGUCGUCGAGGAGACGCGCGAGGAGAAAACCUACCGUAAUUGGAUGAAUUCGAUGGGUGUCGACCCGUAUGUCAACUGGCUAUACGGUGAUCUUCAGAAUGGUGUCGUCAUUUUCCAGCUCUACGACAUAAUCCGGCCGGGAAUGGUGACGUGGAAGCGUGUGGUCCGUCAAUUCCACAAGCUACGCGGUAUGAUGGACCAGAUUCAAAACUGUAACUACGCCGUCGAGUUGGGCAAACAACUGCGCUUCUCGUUGGUCGGAAUCCAGGGAAAAGACAUUUAUGAUGGAAAUCAGACGCUGACACUGGCACUGGUCUGGCAACUGAUGAGAGCCUAUACACUGAGUGUUCUGGCACAGUGUACACAAUCAGGAGACUCGCUGCCAGCUGAUAAGGAUAUCGUUGCAUGGGUUAAUGAGAAAUUGUCGAAAUCCGGCAAAUCCACGUCCAUCCGAUCGUUCCAGGACCCAGCAAUCUCGACGGGAAAAGUGGUGCUCGAUUUGAUCGAUGCGAUCAAACCGAACGUGAUCGAUCACUCGCUGGUGAAGCCGGGCACAACGAACGAGGAGAAAAUGUCGAAUGCAAAGUAUGCGAUCACUUGUGGAAGGAAGAUUGGUGCCAAGAUUUACGCGCUGCCAGAGGAUAUUGUUGAGGUGAAACCCAAAAUGGUGUUGACCGUAUUUGCGUGUUUGAUGGCCCGCGACUAUAUGCCCGACAUGAAGGAAGUCUCCGCCCCCGUCGUCCCAAUGAUCAAUGGGAAUUAG